AUGGGUAUCAAUGGUGGACAUAUAAGUAUGCGCGCGCGCAGGUCCGGCCACAUCGGACGGCGGAGAUAUGAAGUGGAUUGUGUUGUUGUGUGCUGUUGUGGCAAUGCUGGUCUCUGUUAUGGGACAAGAGUACACCGACUAUACUGGCAGAUACGCCGAACUGGCGGCCCCAGUACCCUCACACGUCAAUGUGGACGACCUCGUAGCUACCCUCAGAGCAGCAAGCCACCACACAUGAUCCUCCAUCUGCCCCGGUUCCCUCCCACUAACAGAAAUUGUAUUGGAUCAAAAGAGUAUGUCCGCUUUCCCCAACUUCCAGAAAUUAACGACCAAUUCGACACACAGAAACCGGAAACAGUGACGCACAUUAACAAAUCGAAACUGUCAUAUAUUUCUGAAGAGUAUGAUAUAACAGAAAAGAAUAGAAGCGAGAACGCCACGAAGCCUAAACACAAAGUGACGUAUUUGAUUUACAGAAUUUUGACGGCGCCUCUAGCGAAACUUAUGUCGGAGCCUAGAGUGAUGAUCGUUUUGAAAAAUAUAGGAACGUGUAUUGUUAAUGGAGUGAUGGAGAUUAUUUCUUAUUACUUUCCUGCUCCGUUCAUGCCGCUUAUAGCAACGGCAGCUGGGAUACUGAUGCCGUUCGAGCCAGUAGUCACGCUGAGACGGAGGAUGCCCGUGACAAGUUAUAGACGGGCUUUCAAAACAGCUAUAAAUAGCUUCUUGAAUACCUUCGAUGCAUACAAAGUGGAUAACUUAGAUGAUGAUCCUUAUAUGACUAGGAGAUUUAAUAGAAGAUUCCUUAACUCAGAUGAGAAACGAAAGUACUAA